AUGCCGAACACCGCUGAGGACGAGGGAGAGACCAGACGGCCGCCGAGGAACCCAGGAGAAGAGAGAGAAAGAGAAAGGGAUGGACCGCGGGAUCGCGAUCCUCCACCUUUCUAUGAUGGUGUGGACCCCGAGGGAACUUUCAAGACAUUCGAGAAGAAUGUCAAGCUGUGGUGCUUCGAGACCGACAUUCCCAAAAGGAAGCAGGGCGCGAAGUUGCAUAGAGCUCUUUCUGGGAUGGCUCAACUGGCGACAGAAGAUAUGGAAUUUGAAGAUAUAGCCACAGAAGAUGGGGUCAAGAACAUCAUGAACAGGCUGAGGGAUUUCUUUCUUCCUCACCUGGAGGUGAGCCUGCCAAGGGCUUUUGAAGCUGCUGUUUAUGGCAAACCUCGUCAGGCCGUCGAGACCUUCCCCGAGUACCUGGCCAGAAUGGAACGGGCAUUCAACCGGCUGGGAAAAGAGGGAGUAGAUCUCCCAGACGGAGCCACUGGAUACAUUUUGUAUCGACAGGCUUCUUUGAGUGAGCCCCAGGAGCAAAGGCUCCUCACCUGGUGCGAUGGAAAGUAUGACAAGGUGUCGAUAGUGAAAGCGCUCAGGAAGUUGGACAAAGUGGUGAAAGACAAGAACGGCAAAAGCACCUAUGUGAUGGACUUCGAGGACCUUGCCACGAAUGACUCCUACAUCCAGGCUGAAGAUGAAGAGGGCAACAGCGAAGACUUCAUCUAUGUGGGUGAAGGAGACUUGGAUGGGACCUACUCCGAAGAGGAGAUGAUCGAGGCUCUAGCGAGCUACCGGGAAGUGCACGUGGAACAGCUCAAGCUCAGGACACGAUGUUGGAGAUGUGGCGCUCUUGGCCACAUCAGUCGAGAGUGCACCAACCCUCCUUCAGACAAAGGCAAAGCUGGUGGACCAGCCGGACCUCCCAGCUCCUCGAGCGCAUCUACCAGAACAGGGUUCUUUGUAGCUCAAGAGGGGUCGACAGACCAGGAUUUUUUCACCUCGACCGGCCAGAAAGAAAGUGCCUUUUGGUUGAGACAGUUUGUAGAAAGCCGGAAGGCGAGCACCGAAUUGGGUGCGGAGAUCUCAGCCGAGUCCGAAUACAAGGAGCGACAGCCGCCGUCCGUAUCGUUUUGUGGCAUCACUACAGGUUCAGAGUUUGGGGUGGUAGACACUGCUGCUGAAGGUGGGCUAGUAGGUUUCCCAGCACUUCAACGUCUAGAACGUCGACUACAAGAUUUUGGACUAUGCAUCAAAUGGAUCCCCAAACAAUCCAUAGCAAAGGGUGUUGGAGGUCGGGCUGAGGUGGUAGGAGUUGCUUUGAUCCCCAUGGGCAUUGGAGGGUGCAAUGGUCUUUUGGAGGUCACCGUCGUAGCCGGAGAGGUUCCACUUCUUUUGCCGGUUAAGUUGAUGAAGCAGCUCAAAGCGGUCAUUGAUUUCAAUCAGAACAAGUUUGUUUUGACGGAUGAGGGCAUUGAGUUGCCCAUGCAAGAGUUGGCAAGCGGACAUGUGGUCAUAGACAUUUGUCAUGUUCAUCAAGAUGGUUUCAAAGUGCCUGAGCAAGCUCCUUUUUGUGAGAAUGAUUUUCGACUUCAAGCAACAAUUCAAGCCAUGCUGGCUCAAUUCGAUCGAGCAAAGCCUGCAGCUUCCCAGCUGAUGGAGCGCAUGGGCCGGCUGCUGGGCGACUCUCAGAGAACCCCUCCGCCAGACGUGGUCAUGAAGGGACAGGCACGACGUCCCAAGUGGGCUUUCAGGAAUUGGAGGGUGCUGCUGGACAAGCUGUUCAUCAUCAUGGCGUUCGUCGAAAGGCAAGCUUUGGUCAAAGAGUGGCUGCCGUCGCUUGUACCUUCGGAGCAAUUUAUGCCACCGUCCAAGCAGGAAGAAGACAGUUUGGAAGCCGUGUACGCGAAGAUCAUCAUCACGGCCAAACCUUUGGCACCACUCAAGUCGAAGGAGAAGCCUUCCGUGUCAGCCAGUACCUGCAUCCAUCCAAAGCACCAAUUGAAGGGAGGAGGAAACAAGACGGCCUCCUAUGUGACUUGCAAGAUGUGUCACUCCAGGUGGGAAUCCCCUCUGCAGGCCGCCGAGAUCAAGGAGGAUUUGAAGAAGCAGAAGCAGGGCCUCUUGAGUCAAACGAAGACGAAUCUCGCUUUGAAGAAGGAAGAAGAGAAGGGAAAGGAGACCGAGUCUCAGAGAGCGGCAAUCAUGCAGCUCUUGCGAGAAGAGAGAGCCCAGGCCGCUUCCGAGAAGAUGGAGGUGAUGAAGGAGUUCGAAAAGCAAAGAGUGGCCAUGAGGGAGAAGGAAGUGCAGAUGCAGGCGAUGAUGUCCACGGUGGUGAACCAGAAGGAGGCGAUGGAGAGGAUGCUAGAGGAGAAGAGUCAAAGCAGCCAAGAACCAGUCAAGGCACCAAAGAAGACGGAAGGACCGUUAGGCUGCGAACCUCUGUGCCACUGUCAGUUGAUUGCUCACAAACUGAGGAGACUCCCGGAGGAAGGAAGCAAGGAGAAGGAGAGGCACUUCUGGGCCGAAGACCAGUCCUUCAGAGAUGAGCUUUGCUGCAGUGAGCAGCCGGAAGAGGAGCAAAAGUCCAAGGACAGCAUCAAGGAGGAGUGCGGGGGAAGCGGAAUUCAUUCCAAUUCCGGACAGCGACUGAAGGAGGAGUGGGCUGAAGCCCACACUGAGAAGGGAAGACAAGUGUUGAGGAAGAUGCAAACCUCCAGGCACCCGCACCUCAUCGCCGAUAGAAGGUUCCAAGUGGAGGUCGAAGAAGGAAGAUGGGAAGAAAGAGAGGGACUGGUCCCUCUACUAGAGCAAAAGAGGACUCGAGUGCAGACUGAGCUCAAACCAAGGACUUGGAUAGAAGACUUCUUCGGCAUUGACAAGGAGACCCAAUUCAACCACAAGCAAAGAAAGGAAGUCAUGAAGAACAUCCUCAAGGUGUGUGAAGUCUUCUCUCCGCCAAGAAUAGCUCUUCAAGCACCAAAGGUGGGACUGUCCCAAGGAAGUUCUUUCGAUCUUGAAACUGGUUGGGACCUAUCCAAGGCAGAAGAAAGAAAGAAGAUGUGGAGGAAAUUGAAGGAAGAAGAUCCGUGGCUGAUCAUCCUAUGUCCUCCUUGUACUGCCUUCUCAGCCCUCCAGUUCCUGAACUUCCCCAAGAUGAAGAUGGAGAAUGCUGCAAUGUUGAUCAAAACCGGCAUGGAGCAUUUGAGUUUGGCCAUGGCCAUUGCCAAGUGGCAGCAUCAAAGAGGGAGGUACUUUCUCUUCGAACAUCCAGCCCAAGCCGUGUCAUGGAAAGAAGAAGUUGCGAAGAAAGUAGAAGAGCUGGAAGGCGUGGAAAUCAUCACCACGGACAUGUGCAUGUUCGGGCUGAAUGUGAAUGGCAUGGGACUCAACAAGAAGCCAACCAAGCUGAUGAUCAACUCAAAGGAGAUGAGGAAAAGACUUGAACGAAGAUGUAACAAGAAGCAUGUCCAUGUCCCAACACUAUGUGGACUUCCAAAGAAAGCCCAAAAGUACCCACAGGAGUUCUGCAUAGAAGUGCUCCGAGGACUAAGGAAGCAGAUUCGAGUGGAUGAAGAAGAAGAAGGAAACUUGGAAGAAGCUCUUGAAAGGCAAAUGGAGGAGGAGAUGAAGAAAGAAAAUCGAGGAGAAAAGGAGCAAAGAUAUCAAGUCACCGAAGAAGAGAAACGCUCUGUUCUGAAGCUGCACAAAGGCCUCGGACAUCCGCAAAGGGCUGAAUUUGUCCGUUUCAUGAGAGCCGCUCGAAUUCGAGGAGAAAUCAUUCGAUGGGCAUAUCAAGAGUUCGUGUGCCCAGCAUGUCAAGCUCGAGCGAAACCCAAGGCCACAAGACCGGCUGCAAUACCCAGGACUUACCAGCCUGGAAGGGUGUUGGGCAUUGACCUGAUCUUUUUGCCAGAAGUUGGAGGAGAAAGGUUGUUCCCUGCUCUUUCGAUGGUAGAUUGGGGGAGCAACUACCAGAUGGUGGAAAGAGUUGCCGACAAACAACCCAGCACGAUCUGGAGCACUUUGUGGUCUACAUGGGGAAGAACCUUCGGUUUGCCAGAGGUUCUAGUGGCCGAUGCUGGAAAAGAAUUCUCUUCACAGUUCAUGCAGAUGGCCGUAUCCCAUGGGAUCGUCACACAGACUACUGCCGCUCGAGCUCCAUGGCAAAACGGAAGAACAGAAAGGCACGGGGCUCACUAUAAAGAGUUGCUGGAGAAAGCAAGAGAAGAAGCAGUGAUCACCUCAUCUCAAGAACUACAGUUGUUGAUGCAGGAAGUGGAGAUGACAAAGAACAGGUUCAGCAACAGAAGUGGCUUCAGCCCAGUGCAAAGACAAAUCGGUCAAUGGCCAAGAGUUCCCAGCAACUUGCUCGGAGACGAUGUGAUUGACCCGGGUUUGAUGAAUGGAGCAGUGGUUGAUGACAUGGAAAGAAUGCAUGAGAUGAGAAGAAUUGCUCAAAAGGCAUUCAUCGAGCACAACGCAAAGGAAGCACUAAAGAGAGUGGAGCAAGGAAGAACGAGAGUUCCUCAAGAGUUCACUGCAGGUGACUACGUCUAUGUGUACCGGGUGCCCAGAGCGAAGAAGAGGAAACAUGAAGGAUCUCUCCCAAGCCACGAGAGGACUCCAAACAAGGCUACCUGGGUUGGCCCUGGAACACUGAUAGCAGUGGACGGUGCAAGCUUGUGGAUCUCCAUGUUUGGAGAACUAUGGAGGGUCGCUAGAGAACAAUGCAGAAGGGCCAUCAACAUCGAGCAACAAGGCAUCGAAGAAGCCAUGAGAAGUCAUCAAACAGAAAAGGAUACAAAGACCUUCGAGGAGAAGCAUGGCCUGAAGAAGAUGAAGGAGAAGAUGCAGAAGGCACAUUCCGAAAGCGACCAAGAGAAGAAGGAGCCGCAGAAGAAGAAGAAGAAGAAGCGAAUAGGAGAAGGCCAAGAAGAGAAGAAGAGGAAGGAAGAGGAAUGGAAGAAUAUUCUCCUACUCAAGUCGGAGAAGAUGAAAGAGGAGUUCAAGCUGGAAGAGCUGAAGGAACAAGCUCCAUAA